AUGGCUACUGGCGACAUACCGAAAACAGCUAUCAUAACUCCUUUCGGACUCUAUGAAUUUUUGCGAAUGCCUUUCGGUCUAAGGAAUGCUGCUCAAACAUUCCAAAGAUUCAUAGACGACGUUUUUCGAGGUCUCAACUUCGUACACGCGUAUGUUGACGACUGUCUAAUCGCAAGUCCGGACAGAGAAACACAUCUCAAGCAUCUGGAUCUUGUUUUCGAACGACUUCAAAAACAUGGCAUAACUGUAAACGUUCAGAAAUGCCAAUUCGGAACCGACUCGUUAGACUUCCUAGGACACACUAUCGAUGCUCAAGGCAUUCGACCUCUUAGGACCAAAGUGGCGGCCAUUCUGGAUUACCCAGAACCGACCACCGUCAAGCAAUUACGCACGUUUAACGGCCUGGUAAGUUUCUAUAGACGUUUCAUACCGAAAUGCGCAUUACUUAUGAAACCUCUGACCGACCAACUUCGUGGAAAUGCGAAAUCCAUUAAUUUGGACGACACCGCACGAAAAGCAUUCUCCACAGUUAAGGAACUGAUUGCUAAAGCAACGAUGCUCGCACAUCAGGACACCCGAGCACCCAUUAGCAUCGCAGUAGACGCAUCCGACUCGGCAAUCGGAGGAGUCUUACAACAAUGGGUUAACAACUCCUGGCAACCCUUGGCAUUUUUCUCUAGAAGGUUGCUAGACACCGAAUCGAGGUACAGCACAUUCGGUAGGGAACUCCUAGCUAUGUAUUGUGCUGUACGGCAUUUCCAACACUACAUCGAAGGUCGUGAAUUCACUCUUUUCACGGACCAUAAACCGCUCACUUUCUCGUUAAGCUCUCCUUCUGACAAGUACUCUCCCCGUGAGUCUCGACAACUGGACUACAUUUCGCAGUUUACUUCAGAUAUUCAACACAUCUCUGGAGCAAACAAUGUAGUUGCGGACGCUUUAUCUCGCAUAACUUCCUUGAACAGUUUCCAAGGAAUCGACCUUCUUAAACUCGCCGAGCUUCAAAAAGAAGACAGUGAUCUUCAGCACGAGUUAUCGUCCACAACACUUAAACUACGCAUCAAACAGAUGGGAACAGGGAUCGCCCAAUCGUGCCGAAACAUUAUCGACGCAAUGUCUUCAACACAUUGCACAAACUUUCACAUCCAGGUGUUCGUGCAACCAUCAAGCUUAUUGCAGAAAGGUUUUGCUGGCCUGGAAUGA